GUUGUGGAUGGAGAUAGCCCUAACUCCCUCCUUCCCGAAUUGCAAAACACUCCAUCUUACCAAAACUUCCGGUAGUUGCAGGUUUCAUAUUUCAAAUUCAUGAUUUCAAGAACAAAUCCUCUAAUAACUUAUCGUUUUUGUUUAAUAUCAUACCACCACACAUCCACUUCCUUAACUUCUUCCAACUAUUCCACCAGCACCACUUCUUCUCCCCCAAAAAAACCUAACAUUAGUCGAUUCCAUACACUUCACCAACACCUCAAUAAUCCUCACUGAACCCAUCCCCCCACCUGCGCAUCCCCUGUGUUGUCAACUACAUAUAUGUAAGCCGCCCCCCUGCUCUAAUACAGUAACUUCAGGGCAAGAUGAUCGAGAUGUCCGAUUCACUGUUCAUCCAUCGUCCGUUCAAUGUGGAUCAGGUCAUAACACGUGGAUUGCUCAAAGAGAAAUUUCCAGUUCAUGGCCUACAGUUGUAAGGAAAAAGAAGCGCAUGAAGCAGUUGAAACUGCAGAAUCCACAAAUUCAAGUAGUUCAACCAUUGAUGAUGAUAAAGGAAAAGAUAAGGGGAAGCCUAGUCAGUUGGAAUUACUCAACAAAUUCCUGGAUGGUAACAAGGCUCAAGAGCCCAGCGAGGAUAAAGUCCAAUCAAGUCAACUUGAGGGGCUUAACAGAUUACUAAAUACAGAUGUUGUCGAGGCUGAACCUAAAGAAGAAGUCACCAAGGAGACUGAUAAUAAGCGGAUCACCGCUGCCAGGUGUGAAGCCACAGGAACUUGAUGACGUAAUCAUGAUCCCAAAGGAAACCAUCGAUAUACUUAAAGACCAAGUGUUUGGAUUCAACACUUUCUUUAUUACUAGCCAGGAGCCAUAUGAGGCUGGGGUGUUGUUUAAAGGAAACCUGCGAGGAUCGGCUUCUGUGAGUUACAAAAAGAUCGAAAAACGGUUGCAGGACUUGAAACACAAAGAAAACUCGCAGAAGGCUAUUGAGUGCUUGAAUGAUAUGGUGACAAACGCUUUAGUACAUAUAUUGUUUAAAGUAUAUGUCCAAAUUACGUGAUCCAUCAAUCUUCAAGUUUUGUGCUAUACCACAGAUAAUGGCAAUUGGAACACUAACUUUAUGCUGCAACAACAUUCAAGUUUACAGAGGGUGGUUAAACUAAGACUAGUCCUUAUGCUUGGAAGAAACACUGUUGAAAAAGUUUGGAUCCAACCGCCUAUGCAUCGUUCAUAUUCCGUUCCUGAUUUGAUGAAAGACGGAAGCGUAAAUCAAAUCGAGUCAUUAGGUGGCGUAUUCAAGAUAAUUCCCGCUACUCCAAAAGUUGCACAAGGAACACUUCCCACAAGUAAUACGAAUCCUACAACCAAAACUGACGGAACCGAUCAUAAAGAAGUGGGUGAGGACAUCGCAGAAGAAAAAGCUACGUGUAAAAUAUGUAUGGUUGAAUUAAAGGAAGGUGCCGAUGAUACCCUUAAAAUGGAGUGUAAUUGCAAAGGCGAGUUAGUGCUGGCGCAUCAAGAAUGUGCGAUAAAGUGGUUUAGCAUUAAAGGAAACAAAACUUGUGAAGUUUGCAAGCAAGAAGUCAAAAACUUGGCUGUUACUCUUUUAAGAAUUCAGAGGUCUCAAAGCCGAAUCCAUAGGGGAAAUGGAGCUAUGCAACAGUUAGAAGUUACUAGAUACAGAGUAUGGCAGGAUGUACCCGUUCUUGUGAUCGUUAGCAUGCUUGCAUACUUUUGUUUCUUGGAGCAACUUUUGGUAGAUAAAAUGGGUUCAGGUGCGAUUGCUAUAUCUCUGCCGUUUUCUUGCAUAUUGGGUCUCCUUGCAUCGAUGACAUCAACAACGAUGGUGAAGAGAAGGUAUGCAUGGGUUUAUGCAGGCGUUCAGUUCGCUUUAGAGCUUAACGUGACCGGGGUUUUAUCAGUGCUGCUUGCUACAUUUGCUGGCUUCAGUGGUGCGAUGUGUGUUACUUCGAUUAUUUACGAAUUUUUAAAAUUGAGGGAAAGGUGGAACAAUCGGCCAAACCAAUCUCGCUGGACCCCAGAAAUGGAGCCACCUCAGGAGUAAUCGGAACCUGCUCAUGCACCACAAGACGACGGUCAACAAUUAGGUGGUUUAAUACAGGCGGUUCAGCCGCAUCAACCUACAGACACAAGUCAGACCUCAGAGUGAAUCUGACAUGCAAGGAAGUCAAACCCAAGAGUCGGGUCGACAAUUCAUGUUGAUUAUGAAACAUAUUGUUGAAUGGACCUGUGUCAAUUGUAAGCAGUUGAUUUUGUUUAUAUUCAGAGUUUUUUUUUUU